GUCCAUUGUUGACCUAAGAAUAUUGCGUAUUAAAUUCGUCAAUUUUUUACCAUUUUACGUGCUGCUUGGCACAUUCAAUUAUAUAAAACUUUUAAUAGAAUUUAAUAACUGAUAAUAAACUUGACAAAGAUACAAAGUGGGAAUUAUUCUCUAAUUAAUAUACGUUAAGUGCAAUGGGAGUUUGAGUCGAAUACCAAUGGCAGAAAAACCAGGGCCGUUAUCGGCCCAACAAGCCCCUUUAGUUAAAAUAGGCCACUAUACUCUAGGCCAAACUUUAGGUGUAGGCACAUUUGGUAAAGUUAAAGCUGGCGAACACCAAUUGACAAAACAUAAAGUGGCUGUGAAAAUAUUGAAUCGUCAAAAAAUUAAAAGUUUAGAUGUCGUCGGAAAAAUUAGAAGGGAGAUACAGAAUCUUAAACUAUUCAGACAUCCACACAUUAUUAAAUUAUACCAGGUAAUUUCUACACCUACUGAUAUUUUUAUGAUAAUGGAGUAUGUAAGCGGUGGUGAAUUGUUUGAUUAUAUUGUAAAACAUGGGAAACUGCAAGAGCAUGAAGCUAGAAGAUUUUUCCAACAGAUAAUAUCUGGUGUAGAUUAUUGUCAUAGACAUAUGAUAGUGCAUCGGGACUUAAAACCCGAAAAUUUAUUACUGGACCACAACAUGCAUGUUAAAAUAGCUGAUUUUGGUUUAUCCAACAUGAUGAUGGACGGUGAAUUUUUAAGAACCAGUUGUGGAUCUCCCAAUUAUGCUGCUCCAGAAGUUAUUUCAGGAAAAUUAUAUGCAGGACCUGAAGUUGAUAUUUGGUCCUGCGGUGUUAUAUUAUAUGCUUUAUUAUGUGGAACAUUACCUUUUGAUGACGAACAUGUUCCGACACUGUUUAGAAAAAUUAAAUCAGGAAUUUUUCCAAUACCUGAAUAUUUGCACAAGCCUGUUGUGAGCCUUCUGUGUCAAAUGUUGCAAGUAGAUCCUAUGAAAAGAGCGGCAAUUGAUGAUGUUAAGAAUCAUGAGUGGUUCCAAAAGGAUUUGCCUGCUUAUCUAUUUCCUUCUCCUGUGGAGCAGGAUAGCAGUGUUAUUGAUACUAUUGCAAUUGCUGAGGUAUGUGAAAAAUUCGGUGUUAAAGAAUCUGAGGUCCACAGUGCAUUACUCAGCGGGGACCCUCAUGAUCAAUUAGCUAUAGCAUACCACUUAGUAAUAGACAACAAAAGAAUAGCCGAUGAAGCUGCUAAAGCUGAACUGAAAGAUUUUUAUGUCGCUGGCUCUCCACCACCUGUAAGUUAUAGCCCUAAUGAGAAGGCAGACCACAAAAAUGAUUCAGCAACUGAAAAUUCCACAACUGGAAAACCUCAUCCUGAAAGAAUUGCUCCACUGCGUGAGCGUAUACCAAAUUUCCAGGGAAAUGCCGCUAAAGGACCCCCUGUAAAACGUGCGAAAUGGCAUUUGGGUAUUAGAUCUCAAUCUAAGCCAUCUGAUAUUAUGCUUGAGGUAUACAGAGCAAUGAAAGCAUUGGACUAUGAAUGGAAAGUCAUUAAUCCAUAUCAUGUUAGAGUAAGGGACAAGACUAAGUUGAGUGAUAAAUAUGUUAAAAUGUCUCUACAAUUAUACCAAGUCGAUCAUAAGAGUUAUCUUCUGGAUUUCAAGUCUUUGAGUACUGAAGAGAUGGAAACCGGUGAUGAAAUUUUAGACAGUGCUGGCACUACUGGAAUGCAGAGUCAAAUGUCCACAAUUUCUGGACAUCAUACAAUGGAGUUUUUUGAAAUGUGCGCGGCACUUAUUAUAAAAUUGGCCCAUUAAGGAAUUCAGAUUUAUUCACUUAUAAUUGGAGGAAUUCAAAAUACAAUGGUACCCCGACAGUCGAGUUUAAUUUGUUUCGUAACCACUCUUGGAUAUCGAAUUGCCUCAAAUCUUGAAGCAACAUUUUUCAUAUAACUACAUUAAAAUGCCAUUAAUACUGUGGAGUUUGUUAAGUUUCUUAGACAUUUAAAAUAAGUUUACUUGUCAUUUAUUUAAUUAUUGUUUGAGAGUUAGACAUGUUUUGUUGAACAAACUCUGUUUUGGAUUCAUUUAUAUUCACAAACUUUUGGAGCUUAGAAAGCUGCUUGUAAAUUAUUGUAAAUUACUGUAGGCCUUAGCUGCAGUUAUAUCCUUUAAAAACUCCUGUUUAAACACAAUACUUGUGUUACUUCACACUUUAAUUGAAGAGACAUGGUUUUUUUUAACCCAUGAUCAUGAAUAUAAAUAAUACUUAAUUUUUAUUUAAUAAAAAGCAAAACACGCGAA